AUGAAUCCAAGUUAUUUCUUAUCAAUGGCUAUUGCCUUGUUUCUAGUAUUUGCUGGAGUUCAAGCUGAUAAUGACGAUGGUCUUCCAACACCAUGCAGUGAAUAUUUGUUGUACUCGGUCGUUGUCACGACGCGACGAAGUUGUGGUUCCAAAAUGACUAUGUUGCGUGAUCACAAUGCUCAGCAAUACCGACGACCUGUCACUACCCAACAGCACAUUCUCUCCGAUGUCCAACAACACCAACAAAGGUACAACAAUCAACAACAACCACAACAACAACAACAACAACAGCAACUGCCACAACCAAGUUUCUUUGUUCAACAAAAUCCAACAUUAGAAGUCCCACAACCAAGAAUUCAAAAUCAACCACAGCAACAAUCUCUACGAUUUCCACAAAAUAUUCAACAAUCUCAACCACAACAGCUUCUAAGAGCUCCAACAACCAACAUUAGUCCACAACAGGAUUCUUUAAUUGGAUACGUUCCAAACUAUGUGUCAAAUCCACAACUUCUGCAACAACAACCACGAACUCAACAACAGCAGCAACAAUUCCAACGAUCGGUCCACAAUCAACUGCAACAAGCACCUUUUUCAACAAUUCCAACACCUGGAGUUCCACAACAGCAAGAACAAGACAUUCACACACAGAACUUCUUGACCCUGAGAAAUCUCGGUCCACAAGUUGGUCCUCAGCAAAGCCUUCCACAAAGGUCAUUCAGCAACACACUCUACAAUCCACUUCAGCCACAAUUCCAAAACCAACCGCAACAACAGCAACAGGUUCCACAACAAAUCGACCAACAGUUCUCAACAAUUCCUCAAUUCCAACAUCAAAACAUCCGUCCAACAGCUCAAACUGAACAAAAACUUCCUCGACAAGAAUCAAAUCAACAAUUUUCGACCUCUCCUCAAGCUAUAUUCAAUAACCAAGCUUACAAUCCACAACCAUCACAUCUGCCAGCUUCGUCCCUUCUGCCCUAUAUUCCACAACCCCAACUACCACCUCAGAACCAGCAGUCCCAACAAAUCUCCCGCCCACAGCAACAUCCUCAUUAUACCAACCUUCCCGAGAUUCCACCUUUCGACGCUCCAGUGGUAACCCCCGAGCAAGAGUACAAACAAAAGUUAAUUCAGAAGCAUGAACAAUUUGUCCAAAAACAAUACGAAAAGUCUCAAAAUAAGGUCAAGCAGCUCCAUGAAGACUUCGUCCACAAGCAACACACCAUCAAGCAAGAUGUUCCUCUGAGACAGUCCUCACAACAAUCUCAAGGCAACGCUCAACGUAGUCGUCCCGUUUAUGCAUCAGAGCUGAAUCAAUUCAGCGAGGCUUUGAAGAAGUACAACAUCGAACACCCCACAACGACUACCACCACAACAACUCAAGCCACCACAAGUUCAGCCAGACCGGUUGAGAAUAGGCAAUCAAGACCCGAUGGUGAACGAAGCAAGUCAUCAAAGACCAAAAAGACCAUUGGACGGGAUGAGCUUUUGAAACAGCUUAAAGCAGCUUUAGCGGAAACUCCUCAAAAUGAUUUGGGUGACAAGCCCUACGAGACCAUGGAUCUGGUUCUGCCAAGCGGAGAACGAGUUCAAGUCAUCCGAACCCAAGAUCCGAAUCUGAUCAAAGGCCAACAAGCUAUAAGUCAAGACCAACUUAAUGCACUCAUAGGGAGUUCCAGCGGCGGAAAGCAAUCAAAGAGCGUGAUAAGGACUGUGAGUGACCUUCCUGACAAAUUGAAAGGCAUCAAACUUCCCGACGGUGUUCAGAUUGUCAAAGCCCCUGACUCUGGCGAUGGAGAGGGUGGCCUAGACCUAUCAAGCCUGGCAAGUCUCUACGGAGGUGGAAGCUCAGCUGUAUCAAGUGGUGGAGCAGGUGGAAAUAGUAUUGCUAGUUCGGCGGUCAUCUCAUCUGACUCUGAUGAACCACCAUCAAUUGAAGAACUUGCAAAGAGAGGACUUAUUCCAGAUGGUUAUGAAAUCGAAGGUCUUAGCUCAAAACCUAAACCAGCUCCAGCCCCUACAGCACCUCCAAAGAAGAAAGCAACUUAUGUCUAUCUGGAAGAACAAGCUGAUGGUAGUUUCAAGAUUCAAGGAGUCAAGGCUAACGGGGAGAAAGAAACCAAAACUACUGGUGCCGAAGUGGAAAGUAUUCUUGAGCGAAUUAGAAGUGGAGAAAUCAAGCUUCCACCUUCGGUGACCAGAUUGAUUUUACCCAACGAUCAAGAGGUGACUCUGGAUAAUGGAAAGAUUGUUCAACAACCCAGAACCACUACGACUACCACAACAACAACAAGACGUCCACCAACCUCAACAACAACCACAACAACAACCACCACAACAACUCCAGUUCCAUUCAUUCCCACAAGACCGCGAGUUACCGUGACAAGAAACUCCCAACCAGCUUACCCAACCACAGUCAUUCCACUUAACCAACGUUCCAGUGAAGGACAUUUGCUUCAAGAAGCUUCAAAUUCAUACCGCAGUACCCCAGACCCCCUGUACCAAGAAGGUUCAAUUUCGUAUGUGACAACUCCUCAACCCAUCUAUGACCCUUCGAUUCAAAUAAGUUCCACAUACUCUCCCGUCACUGAGAGACUUACAGCCACAACUGUCGAACAGCAGAUAAUCCAAGAAGCACACAACCCUCCUCCAAAUUUCAGUGAAGACCUUAUUCAGAUUUUCAAGUCUAAUGGUCUGUUUGCAAUGGCAAAAUACUUGAAACAAUCAGGAUUGGAUAGUAUUUUGAAUGAAACAGGACCUUAUACAAUUUUCGUGCCAACCGACAAGGCUUUUAAGAAUCUCUUGAUUCAGUUGGGAGGACCUGAGAGGGCCGAAGAGAAAUUCAAGUCAAAUCCAAGGCUUUUGAGUGGAUUACUUCUGCAUCAUGUUAUACCAGGAGCUUUUGAAAUUUCCAGCUUGCAGGAUGAGAUGACUGGAGUGUCGUUGGCGGGAACUCAACUCAGGGUCAACCAAUACACUAUGCACGAUCAGGAAUGGAAUGAUGUUUUGCUAACAACCAUAAAUGGUGCUAUGGUAGUGAAUGACCGUAAAGACAUAAAAAUACCUCAAGGAAUCGCCCAUGCAGUCGAUCGUGUUAUGUUCCCAUUGCCAGUAGGUGACCUGCUUCAGACCCUACAAUCCGAUAGAGAAGCUAGAUUUGCGACUUUCUUGAAAGUUUUAUUCACUUCAGGACUUACUGAAAAACUUCAAGGAAAAGGUGUCAAGACCUUCACAGUAUUUGCACCAACAGAAAAAGCCUUCAAAGAGCUUGAACCUGAUGUCCUGGAGAAACUUCAAACUGACAAAGAUGCUGCCGAAGAAUUCGCCAUGAAACACAUUGUCCCUGGAACACUAUUCUCUGCUGGCAUGAGAUUCUAUCAAGUGAAAGAUUCCCUUCUAACUGGCAAAACUGUUAUACUCCAGAAGACAAGUGCUGGUAAAAUUAAGGUUAACGAUGCACAAAUGGUCACAUCGAAUAUCCCAUCAACAAAUGGUGUGAUACAUGCAAUAGAUGGCAUUUUAUCGUGAGAAAAAAAAGCAUUAAAGUCUCUCGAAAUUAAUAAAUUAGUCUAUACUUGCCCUAAGUUUUAAUUUUUGGUCCAAAACUGAAAAAUGGAAAUUAUAAAUGUCACAAAAAAAUACGGGAAGAUUUUUAAUGCCGUUUCUCACUUCCUUCCAAAAAAAAAACAAAACACACCACACUCUGCCAUUAAUUUUAAUUUUAUAAUUUAUAAUGAUGUGCUUUUUUAUUAUGACGUCACUUGCAAUUGGUGCAACUUUGUGGUAAAUUGUGUUGCAAUUUAUUUUGUUUUUAUUUGUUUGUUAAUCUUUUAUUUAUUCAAAAUGUUAAGUUUUUUUACUUUGUAUUUUUUAAUUUUAUACAAGAAACGGUGAAAAAAAAAUUUAUAAA